GAUGUGUGUAAUUUGCAUGCCGCAAAAAAUUAACAAAUUUAUAGCAAAUAGAGCGCAAUGGAUGAAAUACGCAGCAGCUUGGACAAUAUAAUGGCCAGAUUCAAUGAUAGUAUUGUAAACUCGGCACCUAAACGACUCAGUUUCGACCGCCUCUCCAUGUCUUUCAGCGAAGACAGUAGUACUAUGACAGUGCCGAAAAAACGUCGUCUGGAGGAGUACAAUGAGAGUUCACUGUCAGCGAGUCUGAACGCCAGCAGCACAUCGCUUAGCAACUCAUUUAAUGAUCCCAAUGGCCCCUGGGAAUUGCGCAAACUUCGCGCCGAACUAAUCGAGUCCAAGGCGGUUGUCGCUGAACUACAGGACAGACUCAAACAUCAAGAUAAGGAAUACCGCAGCGAAAUAGCACUGGAGGAAAGCAAAAGUGCAGCGUUGAAGCAACAAUGCGACUUUACAAGCGCCAAAAUGUUAGAGUUGGAGCGGCAGGUACAACUGCUGCGCAAACGCGAACAUGCUGCCAGACAGGAAACAACCCAGGCAAUUGCAGAUCUGGCGGCACAAAAACUUAAGUACGAGGCAACGAUUAGCCGUCUAAAGCAGCAGCAACAACAGGCGGAACAGGAUGCAAUCGAGCUGCAGAGUGCUUUGAGCAAUGAGAUAAGUGAAUAUAAACGUAGCAGCGAGCGCAGCGAAUUAGAACUAGACGCCUGCCAGGGCGAGUUGGAUCGCAUACGCGAACGCUAUGAGGACUGCAAGCAGCAGGCGGCAGAUUUUGAGAAACUGUCACAGCGUUAUGAGCUACAACAGCAACAACUGGAGACCAGCGAGGCGCGCAUUAAAGAGCUCGAGUAUCAAAUUGCCAGCUACACUGACUGGGAGCAGGUGACCAAGCAAACACAGGCGCGUCUGCUCAGUCUGCCUGAAUUGCAAACCGAGGUAACACGACUUAAGGCGCAAAACAAGCAGCUGCAUACGCUUAUAGGCAACAAACUGCUGCUGGAGGAGCAAGUGCAUGACUACAAAACGCGUCUGCAACGCGAAGAAGGUGCACGCGCUGAAGCUGCCACGCUUCAAGUGAAGCUCACGCAUGUGGAGCAAGAGCUGCGCGAAUGGGUGCAGCUUGCUCAGGAUCAUUGCUUGCCCAAUACGUUGGUCAGUCCGAUGGCCUUGCGCACACGCAUUGAGCAGCUGCUGCAGGCGGAUAUAGUGCGCGUGGCUGAACAAAGCAGCGCCAGCGCGGACGUUAAGCAGCUGCAGUCUGCGUUGCGUGAGCUGGAACAAAAGUGCAGCGUCUAUCUGAAGAACAUAGAGGACAUGAAUGUUGUGCUGAAGCGUCACAAAAGCUUCAGAGAGCGUCUGCAACGCAAGCUGCUGAUCGUCUGCAAAGAGCGCGACUUUUACAAGCAGCUGCUGGACAACUUUGACAAGGAUAUGACCAUGUCCAAUGCUAGCAAUGUGGACAUGACGGUGGAUAUGCAGCUGCGCUAUCGCAACGAAGUGCUGGAACGCACUGUGACUGGCUAUAAGGAAAUGUGUUCGACGCUAGAGCGUGAAUUGCAGGCCAUGCGCCAGCAGGAGCAACUGCAGGAUCCAUCGCCGUCCACUGAGUGCGGCUACGAUAGCGUUAAACAGGAGCUGGAUACACUGCGCAUGGAGAACGAGCGUUUAACGCGUCGCAAGGAGGAGCUCGAGCUUGAGCUGGAGCAUCGCUGUUUGCGUGGUGAUUUCAACAUGGGACAGUACAAAGUGCUGCAUAUAAAACAAAAUCCUGCACAAGAAGCCUACGAUAUAAGCAAAAAUAUUGUGGAGAAACUGCAAGCGGAGAUUGAACGACUGAAGCGCCGCAACAAGAAGUUGGAGGAGGACCAGGAGCAAACCCAAGACACCAUCAGCGGCAGCACUGGCAUGACAAUGAACUUUAAGGAGCUAAAUCAGAUGCGUGCUGAACUGGAAACAGCGAAUGGCAAAAUGAAAAAGAUGAAGGACUGCUUCAAGGCAGCUAGCAAGGAGUUCAGAGAUGUUUGCUAUAUGCUGCUGGGCUAUAGAAUUGAUCGCGUGGGCGCCAAUUCGCAUUAUCGCAUUUCAAGUAUGUAUGCUGAGAGUCCGGACGACUAUUUAUCCAUCAGCGUUAACGAAUCGAAUUGCUUGGCUUUGCUGGAGUCGCCUUACUCAAAGACUUUAAAGCCCGCUAUAGAUCAACAGCUGGCCGCGAAUAACUCAUUCCCCGCAUUCUUUUCUGCGCUUACGCUGGAGCUUUUCCAACGUGCCACAGUCACCAUAACCUAACCGGUCCAACAUGUAGCGUGCUCAAUCAAAUUUUAACUACUAGGAGUCUAUCUUAUUGAAAUAAACACAUAGAUAAGAAAUAUAUU